ACCGGCCCGCUUCAUUCAGUCUUUGGCGAGAUUUUAUCGUGUGCGGACGUAUCUGCGGUCGAAAAGCGAGCUUGAAAAUCCGAAUCCGAAACCGAGUAGCAAAGAUACCGAAUUCCAAUCGAAAAACCCCGCGCGUCAUUAACGCGAAUUUAGAUGCAGUUUUCAAACCUUUGGCGCCACAACGAAAAGACUUUGCAACUGUGAUUCGACUGCGUUUACUUGAAAGCGUCGCUUGCCACAUGCUAAAAGUGUCAAUCAGAAAGCACCAGUUCAUCAACAUGAGUCCAAGCUGGAUGAGAACGGCGGCCUGGCUGCUGGGGCUCUACUGUCUCAUGUGCGUCGCCGCGAUGGCCCAGGGUGCCAGCAAUUCGGGAGCGCCCGCUGCAUCCGCUGCAGCCGCCAAGGAUGUGGCCCACAUGCACAGGCCCAAGAGGCUGGACAGGCGCUCAGGAGCGGCCAUGGCCUUGGGAUCGAGUCCUCUGACGCCCAAGCCACUGGCCAGAAGCGCUCACGGGCUCAACAAGAAGCUGCUCAGCCAGAUGGGCUUCAUGAAGGUGAAGGCGCCCAACAGCCACAACAGGAAGCGACUGGCGGUUGAGUCACGACGCCAUUCCUCGCGCGAUGAUUCACACAUGUUCAUCAUCAAAUUGCCGCCAAAUAUGCACUACUAUGCAGGACCCGGUGCGAGGAAUUCUGUCGCGGAUCAGCAGGACAAGUCUGGCCACAAAGGCAACGCACCCAGCAAGAUGACACUGGCGACAGCCACAUCUAGCACACCAGCCGCAGCAGCAGCACCAGCCGCAUCAACCGCAGCAGCAGCAGCAGUUGCAACAUCACCAGUUGCCGAGGCGUCGGCGUUGAAAGCUAACGGGAAAAAGGUCUCGUUUCCCUUCAGCUCGAAUGGGCGGCCGGGCCGCAUCUACCACUGGAACCUGCCCGUCCUGAAGGAGGCGCUCGCCAAGAAGCCCCACUUCGCCCACGUCUCGGCGGCGGAUCGCAAUAGGCUGCUGGACAUCCAGAGCGUGCCCACCUGGCGCCAGCCCUGGGAGAACGAGACCGCCGAGAAGGGCUUUAGUGCGGGCGGCGGGAAGGCCAAGUACCGCAAGUCCCUGAAGCCCAAGUCACCCACAUAUUACGCACCCGCCCAUGCGGUCAGCAAGCAAAGCUUCCACAAGUACUUCGCGGGCAAUGGCAAGCCCAAGGGAUUCUAUGUCAUCAAGGAGCACCAGAAGAAGCCGCAGUUCUACCAGAACAUCAUCUCGUAAUCCUUGGAACACCCUCGAAAGACUGCGGUGCCGGGCGUUCUGUUUUCAAUCUUCUAAACGGGGAUAUCCACCCCACUUCCGUCCAGUUUCCACUGGGAAUUCGCUCCUUUCUUGGCGAGUCCCGACUGCAUCUAUAGCAACCUGAGCAGCUGUUUAACAACUGCGAUGGGUGAGAUCUAUUUUUAUACCACGGCAUGAAUACAAUAACAGGUGGGCUGGUCCAAGCUGGGUGCACCUCAUAUCAAUCUAUGAUCAGCCAUGUCAGCACAUAGAAGGAGUCAAUACGGCGUCCAUUCAUUUGAGACUUUAAUGCUACCAACACCAUUAUGGUAAAAACAGAAGAGACUGGGUUGGGAUUUGACUUGGUCACAACACAGUUGAAAAAUACAUUAAAAAUUUAAUU